GUUUGGGAGGUUCUAUUGUGUUUCAUCUGAAAUCAAUUAAAAGGGGAAAGCAAAAUCAGAAUGUUGUAUUGAUAUUUACCAUGUGUAGAAGGGCUAGAGAAGGGACAUUGGUCUAGAUUGCUUACAUUUGUUUACAGCUUAGGUUGAGGAGUCUAUGUAGUCAUUACACAUGACAGGCUUAUGUGUGAUUACUAGGAAAUUUAUAAGUAUAGAACUGAUGAGCAUGAUUUAAAGAUGAUGAUUGAAGUUAUAGGCUUGCAAACAACGAUAUACUACUGUUCUGUGAAAUGAAGUUUAAAAUGUAGGGUUGUAGAGGACUUAAACUAUUUUUCAAUAAUUAAUAUAAUUUGAGGAUAACAAAAGCACUGGGGUGAACACUCAUUGCACCAUGUAGUCCUUAGUUUGUGCAGCUCCUCUAAAAUGUAUAAAUUGAGGAUUAUACUCUUUGGUUUUUAAAGGGAAUUAAAAAAAAAGGAAUGUAUAAAUUGAGGGUAAGGAUGCCUCCACAAAAACCCAGCAGACAUGCAGAAUUAUUUUACUCUUUCUUGUCUAGUGUGGAUUUUUUAGCAAGCAUUUUUGGCCAACAAUGUUUUGGUGUCAUUUGUUUUACAUGGAUUUAAUAUGACUCUCAUUUGACCUGCAGAUGAAGCUAGAGUUAAAGAGUUUAAGCUCAAAUCUAUGUGGAGAAGCCCAAAUGGAACAAUAAGAAAUAUUUUAAAUGGAACUGUUUUUCGUGAGCCUAUUCUUUGCCGCAAUGUGCCACGCAUUGUUGCUGGUUGGAAGAAACCUACAUGUAUUGGUAGACAUGCAUUUGGAGAUCAGUAUUGCGCUACUGACAUGAUUGUUAAAGGUCCUGGAAAGCUUAAAAUGGUUUUUGUCCCUGCAGAUAAAGGUCCACCUGUGGAGCAAGAUGUUUAUGAGUUUAAAGGCUCUGGUAUUGCAUUAUCUAUGUAUAAUGUAGAUGAGUCCAUUCUGGCUUUUGCUGAGUCAUCAAUGUCCAUGGCAUUUGCAAAAAAGUGGCCACUUUACUUAAGCACCAAAAAUACCAUAUUGAAGAAAUACGAUGGCAGGUUUAAGGACAUUUUUCAGGAGGUUUAUGAAGAAAAAUGGAAGUCAAAGUUCGAAGAACAAUCAAUAUGGUAUGAGCAUAGGCUGAUUGAUGACAUGGUAGCUUAUGCAUUGAAAAGCAGUGGUGGUUAUGUGUGGGCCUGCAAAAAUUAUGAUGGAGAUGUCCAGAGCGAUUUCCUCGCCCAAGGAUUUGGUUCAUUGGGCUUGAUGACGUCUGUAUUGAGCUUGAUAAACAUGAAAAACUACAAGACUUUGUCCAGAAACACUUGGAAAGAGUGUCCAGAGAAUUCUACUUGAACACCGAGGAGUUUGUUGAUGCUGUUGCUCAGAACCUUAAAGAGAAGAUCCAAGUAGCAGCAAUUAUUUAAAUGCUUUGUUAAUUUUCAAGAUGGAUGACGUGUUUUCUCAAAAAAAAAAAAAGAAAAAAAAGAGAGAAAAGGAGGAGUUGGAUUUGAA